CAUCAACCAGGAAGUUUUGGUUCUUCUGCUGUUGGGGAAAGAAAUGUGAGCAUGAAAGAAGGAAACAAUGGCAGCAGUUCCUGAGCGGUUAUCAUGAAAUGCCAUAGUCAGUAUAUUAGUUAGAAUAAUCUGUGUCUCAGGAUAAACCCUCAACACAGUUUGACCAGGUUCAGUAUGUAGUUUCAAUAUACAUGUAUAGCAAAUCCCAGCGCAUCAAAUACAGAUGUAUAAUUUAUCUGUAUGGUUUAGCCACGAUGAUCAGAAAAUAUUUUCAUCAACCUGAUUGAAAUUGAUUUGGAUUGGAAAUUAAAAAAAGAAAGAUGGGAGACGUGUCUGAUGAGGAGAGGGACAUCUUUGAGGAACUGAUAGAAAGGAAGCGUUAUAACAUCGUCAAUUACAUCAACGCCCGCGUCUUCUUCGACAAACUCCGACAGUUUAAGGUUCUUACGAUGGACGAUACACAGGAGAUCGAGAGCAAGACGACGCGACGACAACAGGCCGGAAGUUUCCUUGAUAUUCUGCAAACAAAAGGAGAUAAUGGUGUCAAGAAGUUUUUGGAGAUUUUAGAAUUUGAAUAUCCUCAUGUUUACAAAGAUGUCACCAAUAAAGAGGCCCGGGACCCACCCACAGAUUACUUGAAACACAGAGAGAGUGUGUACGCAGGAUGGCUGUAUAAAUUACCGGAGCUGGCCGAGUCAUUAAAGAUAGAUUACGAACACAACAAAGACCUACAUCAGCGAAUACAGGAAAUGAAGGAAGUGAUGAAACUCGUGCAGGACAACAACUUAGAGCUGGAGAGAGAAAACCAGGAAUUACAAGAGAAACUGAAGAGUAUGCAAAACGAGAAAACUGAACUUGAGCAAGAGCUUGGGACCUACAUGAGAGAAAUGAGCCUAGCUCGAGACAAAGCUAUGAUGCACAUGGAGAAUUCCUUGGAAUAUCAGAAAGAAAUCAAUAUUCUGAAGGACUCGCUCCGAGAUAUGAGACAUGAUAGAGAUGGACUUGUGAAACAGAACGAAAACCUGUCUGCCAAAUUUCAUCAACGUCAGGCAGAAUCAGCUGAGGAGAGAAGGAAAUCUUACUCCAUGAACCAACUGAACACAGACAAGCCAUUUGAUCGUCAGACGAGUGCGCAGGACAUUGAGAUUACUAUUCUUAAAGAAAAGUUUGAACAAGAACAAGAGAAAUGUGAGGAGCUCAGUCAGCAGCUUGUUCACGUCACAGACGAGAUGGAUUACGCUCAAUCACAGCUCAGGAAGACAAAGGUAUACUGUGAAAAGUUGAGCAAGGAGGUGGAAACAAAAGACAAAUGGUUAGAUGAAAAAAGGAAGAGAAUAGAUGGGUACUUCAAGGAGAUAGAAAGAUUGGGAGAAGAGAAAAAGAGGCUGGAUGAGGAGAGGAAUAAGGAACAGAGGAAAGUGAAAGAGGAACAAGAAAACAACAGGAAGCUGUUCAGUAGAGUGUAUCUACUAGAGAACAAGAUAGAGGAUCUCACCUCAGAGAACGCCAAACUCAAAAUGCAGAGCAACAGGACAUCUUCGGGAUCAAGUGUAACUGAUGACAUAUCCAGUAAUGACAAGUUCCCUCCCCUGCAUGAAGAAUUCUACCUUGACGAUGAGGACCCCAUGUAUAGGUCCAAUGUAGAAGACUAUUUAAAAGACAAUCGUUUUCCUCACCGAGAUGACAGCGUGAAGCCAGAGGUCGGAGGGUCGUUACGGAUAAACGACAUCGAGGAACCUCGCUCAUUGAAGUACCCCAGAAUUCCUGUACAGCAGUUAUUACACAAAGGAGGAGAUAAGGUGUCCAGUCCUGAUAUUAUUGAGCAGCCGGAGAGUGAGGUGUCCCGCGGAGCCUCGGUGUCAAACACGAUCAGCAGCGAUACGUCAGAGGAUACGGACGCAGAACUGAUGGGGUUCAACGUACAUAUCAGAGAACUCCCCCUCAAAUGGAGGCCUCCUAAAUCUGUCCCUCCCAGUGCCCAGUUUGACAAACAGAGGACAUACAAGGUGACCUGGCCAGUUCUGGACGAGAAAAUAAAAAUCACAGGGGGAAACUUCACAGGGAUAUACAUUACAGAAGUCUCCAAGAAACUGGACAGCAGCAUAUGUGUGGGGGACCAAGUCAUCUCUGUACAGCUGCUGAGAAGUGACUAUAGCUGCGUCUGUAAGAUUGACAUGCGAGGUCGUACGCUGGCUGAAGCUAGGGCUGCCUUCCUGUUCGAGAGUCAGAGAAAUGAUGAAAAGGAGGUAGAAAUUACCCUGAAAAAGGUCCCCCAGGAAGAGUUUGAAAAUAUUAAGAAAUGGAUGGAAACUCAGAAGAGUAGUGGAGAUUACUUCUAUGUCAGAGCCUGUGCAGCUAUUAAGGAGAAGGAGACAGAAUGUCUGCCGCUGAAGAAGGGGGACAUUUUAAGAGUGUACAACACCAACCACAGCAAGGGGGAUCAUAAAUACUGGAAAGUGUGUCUGUACGACAGGCAGGGAGGGAAAUGGGGCACCGAGGGCAUUAUACCAGCAGAUUUUCGUAGGAUGUGUCCAAUUGAUAGACGACUAGCAUUCCGUGCUCGCAGCCAUUUUGUGAGAGUCCUUCCAAUGAAAGCGACAUCCAAACUCCCAGUAGUGAUGUACGGCCCCAGUAACCUUGUUGGUGCGGCUCAAAACCUGAUAGUGGACGAUUCCACAGACUAUCUUUGUUAUAAUGUUGAGAAAGGAAGAGAUUUUGAUACACUGCGGCACUGUUUGUCCAAGGGGAAGCAUUGUAUGAUGAGAGAUGUACUGCUGAAGAGAUAUGUGGAUGUUUAUAUUGUUAUCAUCAUUAACACAGAACACUCUACUCCAGAGAUUCUCAAGAAUAUUUUUGGGGUGGAUAAAGCCACAGAAUCUAAGUAUAGAAUCCCUGAGGACAUUGUUUGUGAAACCAUCACAGUGGGCAGUGAUGGUGUGAGGGACAGGAAGAGCUUCCUUAAGGCUUUCUAUGAGAGAGUGCAGAAAGGUCAGGACAGGGUGUGUUGGUUGUCGAGCUCCCAGUUAGACGGGAGUACUACAGAACAGUAUCAGGACUAUCUAGGAAGUGAGAGUACCAGACAACAGAACCAGUCCCAGGACAGCAACAAUGAAGUCAAGCUGUUACGUUCAUCCUCCACCCCCAUGUAAACCAGCUGUUAUAACAAUCCCCGUAGGAUAUAUACUGUAUAAACAAGCUGUUGCAACAACUCCCCUAGGAUUUAUACUGUAUAAACCAGCUGUUACAACUAAACCCCUAGGAAAUUAAAUAUUUUAUAAACCAGCUGUUACAACUAAACCCCCUAAGAUAUAAACUGUAUA